GGGACUAUGUGAGCCCGGCCUGGUCGAAGGAAGGAGUCGGGAGGGGGAUGGGGGAUGGGGGGGACUGAAGAGGACGACGGCAGCAGGGGGAGCUCGUGGAGAAGAGAAGAGGAGAGGAAGGGCAGGCCGGGCGUGUAUGAAGACCGUCCUGAUGGUUCGAUCUCACCAUUCGCAGCGAGGUGUCGGCCUCUUAAACCUCGUCUCCGGUCCGAGAUCUGUUGCUCAUAAAUCUAGAAUUUCUCGUCAUCGUCUGGAUGCUGGGUGGUCGGAUUAUCUGCCUUGAUUAUUCUGUGGAGGUGUUCGCGUCGUGGUUCCGUGCUCCGCGAUCAGUCACUCGUCGGUUUCUUCAUCAGCGGCAUCUCUGGCGAUUGCCCAAUUGCGGAAGGAGGGUAGGACGACGCAGUGCCGAAUGCAGUUGCGAGGAUUUAAUGAGGAAAAUCUUGACCUAAUUGUUUGAGAAAAUUCUUCAUCUUCGGCACCGAUGGAUUACGACGUGAUCGAUGACACCCGACCGCGCCUGCAGCUAAAAUCGGGGCCAGCCUCUUCACAUUCCGAAGAGAGGCACGUGAACAAAGUGCAGGUGGGCAUUUGUUGCAGCAUAGGGGUUGCUCUUUUAGGUUUCGGGUGGACUUUAAUUGCCCCUUUGCAGUUCAUCUCCAUGUGGUUAGGGCUGUCUAUGAUAGUGGGCCCACUCGCACCACUCUCACUGACCGGAGGAGACUGUCGAGUGGGAGAAGGAGAGCCGAUUCCUCCUGUAGAAGUGUCAGAGGAGUUGCCGGAGGCAGCAAAUUCGAGGGCUGAUUUCAAAUAUGCACCUCGGAAAGGAGCUUUCGAAGUUUCGAGGGAUGCCAAGACGGUCAAGGAUGUAGAGGAAACAGUCGGUGGCAAUGGGCCACGGCCUUCCGGUGCUCCGAAGGGUGAGACUGCAAACACGAAUAAUUCUCGGAAAGGGGCCACCGAGGCCGAUGAUAAGGAAUUUACUCACGAAGAGGUCGAAUGGCUGAGAAAAUUGCUAAUCAAGCAUCCACGCGGUACCAUGAAACGCUGGGAGGUCAUCGCAGAGGCCAUGGGUGGAAAGCACAGCGCAGACAAUGUGGUGAAGAUGGCAAAAGCUCUUGGGGAGAGGAAAUUCACUGAUCAAGAUUCUUAUACCAAGUUUUUGUCGCAGAGGAAAGGUUCCGAUGUUGCAAUUGCAUCUCCUCUUAGUCAGCGAUAUGAAGGUGAGAAUGGCACGGAUCUUCAGGACGACAAUGGCGCUGUAGGUGAAAUCACAGCCAAUGAGCCUGAUGGCUCUGGGAAGGGACUAUGGUCGGACAGAGAAGACAAAGCUCUUGUCACAGCGCUAAAGACUUUUUCAAAGGAUACCGUCAUGAGAUGGGAUAAAGUUGCGUCGGCAAUUCCAGGAAAAACAAAAGCCCAGUGUUUGAAGCGUUUCUCCGAGCUCCGAAGAAACUUUCGAAGCUCCAAAGCAGAUGGAGAAGUUGAAUGAUGAUGUAGCGAGUCAGUAUUUGAGCUAUCUAUUUUUGUUCCGGACAUUGUACACUAACAUUCAAUUCAAUAAACUCAAUCACUCGAAAGGAGUUUUCAUUCUGU